CUGCGCCGCUCGUCCAGGCAGACGGUGGAAGGGAGAAGAUCGCAGACGCCGCUCGACUUACGAUGGAGGCAUGAAGUGUGAACUGCAUCAGAGUGAGCAGGAGUCACAUGUCGAGCACAGGAUCCGCUCCCCCUCUUCAGGGCAAAACCAGUGGCUUUCAGUCUCAGUUCCCUGGCGCCCGCUCUAAUGUGUGUUUAUUCAACCAAAGAAAACAAGUGCUGAUCCGAAUGAAAAAUCAAACAGCAAAUGCUGGAAAUGCUCAGGAGAUCAGGCGAUCUCUGCACAGAGAGACAGACAGAGAGACAGACAGAGUGAAUGAUUCAGGUUGGAUGGGCCUCAAGAUGUACCAUUAUUGAAGUGAAUCGUCGGGCAUCGCUGACCAGCAGUGCAUGUGAAGAGGGUUGCACGUGUGGGUUGCGGGAGUACCUGUCCUUUAUGCCAUGGUUGAAUCUGCAAGGAGGCAAGGUCCUGCAGCAUCGCGUGGCCAGAGAAUAGUGUAAUGGCACGCUGCAAUGGCGGAGAAAGCAUCUCAUCCGCUCGCUCCUCUGUGACGUCACUCGAGGCUGUGGAAGAGGCAGACCUUAUUCACUGGAUAAAUGAUCCAAAUGGAUUAGGCAGUAUCAGCGGCAGCAGCAGCAGCAACGAUCCCGAGUGCUAUUCUUCAUCCGAGAGACCAGUGUUGUACAACGGCCGGACGUUGCUGGUCCUCGCCUCCGGCGGGCCCUGGUGGACUCGUGGAUUCGAUCUAGAGUCGUGUGAGGAAGGUCUCUCCAGAUUUGGAAUCCAGAUACCACCAGAGGUUUACAAGCUGCCCAUCCAAGCAACGCUGAUGAGCUCAGAAGUAAGAAGAUACAUGUACUUCAGUUCCAGCGGCUUCAUGAUGCUCUUCACUCCGGUGUUCUAUGUGGUCACCUGGUGUUGUCUCUACUCCACCUUCCAUGUCUACUUGAGCCAGUAUCUGAAGAGCUUCUUCUGGGCUUUCUGCCUCUUGGUCAGCGUUGUAGCUGUUCUGCUCACCACCGCCCUGCUUCUCAUCUUACACUGGCAGCACAAGAAGAUUAACGCAAAUACAGAUCUGCGUCUCAUGUGGACCAACGAGAAUCUCGUGAAACACAACAUCCUAGUUGGAGCAAUGGAUGCCACAAAAUACUGCUCAAGUGUGCUACACCUCUGUUUCAUUUAUUUCAACAUUCGGGGAUGUGAGAGGAGACUGGCUUCUCUGCUGGAAUCAAGACGUCAUGCAGGCUCUGGGCUCCAGUCCCUUCUGCGUGAGAAGCUGGGCCAUCUCUACAUCGUCAUUGAGACAACUCAAGUCAGUGCUCUGAAUGAAGUGGUCGCUGGGUCUGAAGAGGCUCCUCUGUUACCAGGGAAUGACGGUGGCUCUCCGAGUCACAGCAGUCAUCAACCGAAGCAUGUCUUUGACACUCUGACCAGCUUAGUGCCUGAAGGCACAUCUGAGGAAAUAGCUUAUCAACUACUGGUCAUAUACAGUGGAUAUUACGUGAAACUACUUGCAAUGAACCAGCUCCCCCACACCACAGCUUCCAUCCACACUGGUGAUGCACAUGUCCCUUGCCUUUGCCAGUACAUAGAGACCUCGAUACUGAAGCUCUCCGGCUGUGAGUCAUAGCCGUGCCCUCAACAGCGAACUUUGGAUGGCUUCUCAUCUCCGAAACAUUAUUGGACUUUUGAGCCACGACUGUGUAUAACACUGUUACCACGUUGGAUGAAUGCGGUUGUUUUCAAGACCUGCAAGGACGUCUAAGGAAAUAAUCUGUUGAUCAGCAGCCCUUACACUCACUUUACAAUCUCAUCAAAAAACUUGCUGGAGUUUAGUCCAACUUUGCGAGUUGGCCCCGUUUCUCCAGAGGGGUCAGACUGAACUGAACGUUAGUCGGAACACGAGGAAAGUCUGGAUCCCUGCUCUCCCUCUCCCCCCAUCUUCCACCUUUUCUUUCCCAACCAGCAACUGCAGAGCAGGAAUAAAGCAGGAAUAAAAACAUGAUCUGACUAAUCA